AUGGUGACUAAGCAUACCAAGAAAGGCAAAAAGCUCCUUCUGAAACGGAACAAUAUUAUCGGUUCCGCUCAGUUGAUCAAGGAGUACAACGAGAAUUACGUGUUUGAUCGCGAUUUCCCUCAACUCAAAUUCCGCAUUGAGAAAUUAGAUGGUCUGUGGGACAAGUUUAACGAAGUGCAAGCCGAAAUUGAGCUCGAGCAUGAACUCUCGGAGGAACUCGCAGCCGAACGGGUUAGAUUUGAAACUCAAUAUUUCGAAUUGAAAGGAUCGUUGGCCACAAAACUUGCGAUCGUGGCCGAAAUGAACGACCGAGCACCCGGCAUCCCUGGCGCUCCGCCUGCACAUGUUCCUUUUGUCCGCCUUCCUGAACUGAAAAUUCCAGAUUUCAGUGGAGAUUAUGAUGAGUGGAUGAAUUUCCACGAUCUAUUCAGCACUCUUAUUCAUACCAACGGUCAACUUUCUGCCGUGCAAAAAUUUCAAUAUUUAAAAACUGUGUUAAAAGGUGAUGCGUUGCGACUUGUGCAAUCACUGGCAGUCUCUGCGGCAAAUUACGCCAUAGCGUGGGAUUUGAUAAAGAAGCGUUUUGACAAUAAAAACUUUCUUAUCAAGCAACAUUUUUCGGCUUUACUCUCCACUCCAUCGAUUCGCAAAGAAUCAUCGUCUGCAUUGAGCACUCUUGCCGAUGAAUUCGACAAGCACGUGAGCGUGCUGAAUAAAUUGGAAGACCCCAAGGAACAUUGGAAUUCUUUUCUGAUUGAAUUGCUCAGUAGCAAGCUAGAUCCAUCAACGCAAAAGGAGUGGGAAAAUUCGUUGGAGGACGAAGUGCGACCGGUGUAUGCGAACCUAGUGACCUUCAUACAAAAACGUUCACGAAUUUUACAGUCGAUUACGCUCUCCCAACCUUUAUCGUCGGCUCAUAAACUUGAAUCGAAGCAAGAGUCGAAACCGUCCCGUACAAGAACCUCCUUGUACCACUCUGCGUACAGCGAUAAUACCCCAAAGUGCAUUCUUUGCAAACAGUCGCACAUAUUAUCACAGUGCGAUGAAUUCAAGAAGCUAGUUCCACAAAAACGCUUCGAAUUAGCUAAAAGACAAGGCGUUUGUUUAAAUUGCUUAAGAUCCUCACACUUGAUGAAAAAUUGCUCAGCGGGUUCCUGUCGGACGUGCAAUAAACGCCACCACACUUUAUUACAUUUGAGUUCACAAUCGCCUGCCAGUACAGAGGGCCAUGAUAAGUCUGUGGCAGCACAAGUCGGCCAAUGUCAGCUAUCCUCACGAUCGGCCUCGGUCGUCGAAACGCCGUUGUCGGUGCCAUGCAUUGCAACUCAAUGUCAUGGGAUCCAUCGGAAUAAUGGAUCUGCCCCGUCGCCGUCGGAAGGGCCAAUUGAUCGAUCGUCCGCGUCCGUUCCGUCGCCGGUUUCGCAAGUAAUACCGUCAGUCGUGGCUCAUAGUUCCUCGCAAGUGACAAAUUGUCAAACCGUCACUUCCCAACAAUCGCUCGUAUCGAAAGCAUGUGAAUCAUCUAUAUUCAUGCUUACUGCCUACGUCAAAGUCAAGCACGUAAAUGGCAGUCACAUUUUCGCUCGCGCCUUACUAGAUUGUGCAUCUGAAGCAAAUUUCGUAACCGAAGGACUCGCUCAACAGCUUUGUUCGAAGCGUUUACCAGCCAAUAUCGAAGUGUACGGGAUAAGUCAAUCGGUCAAACAAGUGAAGCACAAAACCAACAUCGUUGUGUCAUCACGUAAUGGAUCGUACACAAACACCAUGGAAUUUCUUAUUCUACCAAAAUUAACCAGAAUUCUACCCACUGCCAAUGUGGAUAUUGCGAAAUGGGUCAUACCCCGCCACCUCCCUCUUGCUGAUCCUAAAUUUAAUAUCGCUCAUGAUAUCGACCUAAUCGUCGGGAUUAAGAACUUCUUCUCAAUCCUAGAGAACGAUCAAAUCUCCCUCGGUGCUGGUAUGCCAGUUCUGCGCAAGACAGUAUUUGGUUACGUCGUCGCUGGUGAAGCUGGAGAACAAAUUUCUCCCUCU